AUGCUCCACUUCCCGGGCGCCCAGGUGUCCUUGCGCGGCAAGGAUAACGCGUCGCUCGUGGUCGUCGGCGCCCACCAUUUUGGCGGUGACCCUAACGACCCGAUCUUUCGCUCCGUGCGCAGCAUCACCUGGCAGGGCGUGAUAUUGCUCGAGGCGAGCCCUCCCGUCUCUCGUGAGUUGAGGAAGCUUUGGAAGGGUGGGAGCACGGCGUCCUUCGCCACGCCAGCUGACGACGUCCACAUCGUCAACGCUGGUGUAUGCACCAAAGACGCAAAAGGAGCGCUGCCUUUCUACUCCUUCGUCGGCAACAACUCAUUUGCAGAGGAAGCUGACGGUCUGCUCAAACGCCAAGUGGGCGGGCAUGACGGACUGCCAUACUGGCGAACCCAGAUCGGCUCUUUCGACGGAAGCUUCGUGAUGAAGUGGUCGGAGCACAUGCUGCGCAAAUACACGUCGCUCGGCCCCGACGGGGUCCUACCGCCGCUGAUGAACCGCUACGUGAAGGUGGAGAACGUGCGGUGCCACAGUCUAGAGCGGGUCCUACGGCAUCCCGGCCUGCGAGGAGGCAGACCCGCCCUGCUGGUCAUUGACACGGAAUCUCUCGACUGCCGCAUUGUUGCCUCGCACGACUGGUGCGAGCCAGACAGGUCGCCAGAGAUACUCAUUUUCGAGCACAUUCACUGUUCCACAAGUGACUUCGACGCGGCCAAGGAUCGACUCAGCCUAAAGACGUGCGAGCACGCGCGCGACCAGUAUGUUCUACGAGCAAGAGAACGCGAGAAUGUGCUGUUUGUUCGCCAGCCAUUGGCGGCUGGCACCGGCGCGGGAAGCUCGAAAGUCCGAUGA